AUGGGCAAGAAGGGACUUACACGCAGGCAAUUUUCGGGCACGGCCGCGGCUGCGGCCGGCGCCGUUGCCGCGUCGUCGUUCGGCGCCCCCCAUGUCGCGCGGGGUGCCGAGAAGGUAGUCAAGCUCGGCUUUCUGGGGCCGCUCACCGGCGAAGUGGCGGGUUGGGCCCUGCCGGGCCGCAAUGCGUGCCUGAUUUGGGCCGAUCAAGUCAACGCGGCCGGCGGCAUCAAGAUCGGCGACGACAACUACAUGGUCGAGAUCGUAUCUUACGAUGACGAGUACCUGGCGGACAGGGCCCUGAUCGGCGCCAAGAAGCUGGUGCUUGAGGACGACGUCAAGAUGAUCAUGAUGCUGGGCGGAACCGACGCGCCGGCAGCCGUGCAGUUCUUCACCAAGCAGGAGAUGCUGUCGACCACCCUGCUGCCGAGCGAUCUCACCCCCGAUACGCUCUAUCACCUGGCGCCCGCCGAGGUGCAUCCGCUCUACAACGUGACCGGCGUAGAGUGGCUGGCGGAGAACCGACCGGAGCUCAAGACCGCGGCGAUCUGCGCCCAGGACGACGAGCUCGGGUGGCCCUCCGUCGCGACCUAUCUCGCUGCGUUCGAGGCGGCAGGCAUCGACGUCGUCUACAACAAGUACUUCGACAUCGCGACCACCGACUUCGCGCCGGUCGUGACCGCGAUGCUGGCCGAGAAUCCUGACAUCGUGUGCCUCGACACGGCCUAUCCGGACUUCGUCAACCUGCUCUGCGAGCAACUGUUCCUGCAGAACUACGAGGGGCAAAUCAUCUCCUGCACCCUCGAUUUCUACGGGCGGAUAAUCGAGAAAACGAGCAAGAAAUUCCUCGAGGGUCUCGUGUUCCAGUUCCCGGAUUUCGACGACGCGGCGAUGAACGAACCGCAUAUCAACUUCGACAACCCCAACGAGUUCUUCACCAACUACAACGAGCGCUUCCCGGACGCUUGGAGCGCGGUGACGUGGGAGUAUCCCGCAAUCGCCGAGAUGUGGAAGCUGGCGGCGGAGAAGGCCGGCUCCGUCGAGCCGAUGGCCGUGUUCGCGGCGCUGAAGGAAGGCGGGCGCGGCCCCCAUGUCUUCGGCGAUGCCGCCUGGUGGGGCAGCGAGCUUUACGGAAUCGACAACGCACUGGUCGGCAACUGGCCGGUGGUCCAGAUCCAGGACGGCAAGGCCACAAUCGUCGAUUACCGCAAUAUCCUCGACUGGUUUGCCAAGCACGGGGAUCUGUUGAUCAAGCAUACCGAGGAGCAAGGCUAA